CAGCAAGUCAGGGCUGCGGCGCGGUGGGCGGUAUGUCCGCGGGUGGGGAGACGCGUGGGGAUGCUGGAGGAGAGGGCACUGCUGCUGCCGCCCCCUUCAGCUUCAGCUCGGAACCAACGCUCGAGGACAUCCGCCGCCUCCAUGCUGAGUUUGCUGCUGAACGAGACUGGGACCAGUUCCACCAACCUCGGAACCUCCUCCUGGCCUUGGUGGGGGAAGUAGGGGAGCUGGCAGAGCUCUUUCAGUGGAAGCCAGAUGAGGAGCCUGGGCCCCAAGCCUGGCCCCCCAGGGAACGAGCAGCCCUUCAAGAGGAGCUCAGUGACGUCCUCAUCUACCUGGUAGCAUUGGCAGCCCGCUGCCAUGUAGAUCUGCCCCAAGCAGUUCUCUCCAAGAUGGACACCAACCGGCGACGCUACCCAGUGCAUCUGUCCCGCGGCUCUGCCCGCAAGUACACAGACUUGCCCCAUGGGGCCACCUCUGAAAACCAGGCUGUGGGGCCUGCAGACCUUGCCUGUGAGUCCACAGGUCAGGCCUCAACCUAGAAACAUGGGCACAGAACCUGCAACUCAGCACGGCAUCUGAGGAGCAGAGGGUGCUCCAGCCAUGCUACCUCAUUCUAGUCCUUUCCUAACAGAUCAUGGGCCUGGGGGCUACCCUUCUUGAGGUCUGAGGCCCAAGAACCUCCAGUAGGUAGCCUCCUGGUUUUUUCUCUCUCAAUAAAAGUUUUGGUUAGCAACUUCUGGAUUCUUCCUGGGGCAGCUGGGGAGGCUGUCUGUCUCAGCACAUGCUGGAGAGGGGUACCAGGGAUACCAGUGAUACCUGUGAGCCCAAAGCCCAUGUUUCUCUAUUAUACUUCCCACCUGCAGAGCAGAGAGAUCUGAUUUCUAGUAAGUUCUCUGUCUGACCUCAUGCAAGUAAGUCCCUUCCCCUUCUCUAAACAAGACUGGAGGCUUUAUUUAGUGUUGGAUGAGAGCCC